ACAAUCUAGUCUUGAAGUGUCCUGACCGAAACACUCGGGCCGCAAUCGCAUAUAAUUCUAAUAAUUUUCCUAAUUAAAUAAACUUACGAAGACUUCAAAACGGCUUUCCUAAUUAAACUAUCUAGAAGUCAAACUAGUUAGCAUAAACUCAGCUUUCACCAUGUUGAAUAAGCAUGGUAUUUAUUUGUGUGAGUGAUAAUGUAAUGAAAUUUUUGCAGACAUUUUUCUUUCUUCUGGAUAUCAACUUUUAAGUCGUAAUUUUCGAAAAAUGGCAACUGAAAAUGCUGGUCCUAUUCAAAUAAUUAUGGAAAAGAAAUUAAAGGAUUUCUUUUUACCAUCUCACUUGGAAGUAAUAAACGAAAGUUAUAUGCAUAACGUUCCCAAAGGCAGUGAAUCACAUUUCAAGGUUGUUGUAGUAUCCGAAAAACUUGUUCAUGAGGCUAUAGAUGAAGAAAUCAAGGACGCCAUUCAUGCACUAACUAUCGUUGCCAAAACUCCAAAUCAAUGGGAAAGUUCAGGGCAAAAAGUCGAUCCAUCUCCGCGUUGCUUAGGAGGCUCUAAAAAUUGA